CCAUCCUGCUCAAACCACUGAGUUGUUGUAAUACAGUCUCGAUUUUCUAUUGUGGAAAUGUCUUGGCUUUGGGGCUCUGGUCCUGUCGACCCUAAUGCCACUACCUUCCAUCCAGUUGCGUCGCGCUACUCAGACAAUGAGAUUGCGGGAGAACUUGAACCGAAAGAUUUAGAAUGGUUGUGUGCAGGAGGCUUUGUCUCCGAGACCCAGACGUAUUACCACUUCUUGGAGGAUGGAACGUUCUUAAUGUGCCAGGUGAUCCAUUCGUCUAUUGGCGUAUGGUAUCCUACGGUGCAGUUUACAUUCAAGCUGUACAACCCUACAACGAAGGAGCAUGUAUGGAGGUCAACAAACGUUUCCAACUUCGUUAGUCCCGCUCCUGGUCACGACAAGAGAUCCUGUAAGUCGGACCAAUUCACGAUUACGUAUAAAUCGAAUCCCGGCUCCGAUACUCCGGAGUCGUACACUAUAUUUUCACACGCUGCUGAAGAUGUCCAAGUCUCGCUCGAUGUUAUGCGGCCUGCCUCUGCACCUGGGUGGAAGAUUGGAAAGGGUCCCAAGUCAGGCACCUCAUACUACGGCCCAGAUAUCGAGAAACCAGACGGAUUUGUGUUCCACAGUUUCUGGCCGCGUACGCAAUGUAAGGGCCAUAUCAUAUACAAGGGCAAGGCUAUUGAAGCAAGCGGACCCGGUAUGUAUGUUCAUGCCAUAAUGGGCAUGCGCCCCAACCUUGUCGCAUCGCGGUGGAACUUUGCCGACUUCCAGAGCAACGAACAUGGUGGCGUCUCUGCGAUCCAGAUGGAGCUUACCACGCUCGACGCUUAUGGCCCGAAGGGUUCCGGAUCGGGAGGAGUGAAGGUCAACUUUGGGUCAUUAGUGAUUGGUGGGAAACUCGUUUGCGUAACGGCGGAGACGAUAUUGCCCGGUCAAAAGCCGUCAGAUGCGGCUAAGUUCAAAUCACGAGCAUUCCAUUAUAAUACCAUACGCGACCCCGAUACUUCGUACGCAGCUCCACAGGAACUUGAAUUUAUCUGGGCAGGACCAUCUACGUUGAAGGAUGUGCCGGGUCAAUUGUCUGCGUCAGUUAAAGUAGACGUUGGAUCCCCGUCGAAACCGAAAGGUCUUGUAGAGAAAGUGGAUUUCCUUGCCGAGAUUCCUGCCGUCGUGAAGGCUGUAAUCAGUUACGUUGCCGGAACGAAGCCGUUCAUAUAUCAGUGGUACAACCCGACGACAUUGAAAGUGAUUGCUCCAGACUCUAUCAUCCCAGGUGGAUCUGCUGGUAUAGAAAUUCCGGGUACACUAUACAACGAGGCGUCUUUCAUCUCUUAAUUACCUGCUCUUCCCUGUUGUACUAUCUAGCACAUCAAUGCAAGCAAU